CAUAUUGAGUGAACACACAAAUUACUAUAUCAAGAAUUUUAAGGGCGCUGCCCAGACUAGCGAACAAUACAGUCAGGAUGGCUAAAGGUGAUCCCAAGAAGCCAAAGGGCAAGAUAUCUGCAUAUGCCUUCUUUGUGCAGACAUGCAGAGAGGAACAUAAGAAGAAAAACCCAGAAGUUCCAGUCAAUUUUGCAGAGUUUUCUAAGAAGUGCUCUGAAAAGUGGAAGACCAUGUCGGCAAAAGAGAAAUCUAAAUUUGAUGAGAUGGCAAAGGCAGAUAAAGUACGCUAUGAUCGGGAAAUGAAGGAUUAUGGACCAGCUAAGGGAGGCAAGAAGAAGAAGGACCCAAAUGCCCCCAAAAGGCCACCGUCUGCAUUUUUCCUUUUCUGCUCGGAAUUCCGCCCCAAAGUUAAAUCUACAAACCCUGGAAUUUCUAUUGGAGAUGUGGCAAAGAAGCUUGGCGAGAUGUGGAAUAACUUAAGGGACAGUGAAAAGCAGCCUUACAACAAUAAGGCUGCAAAACUGAAGGAGAAGUAUGAGAAGGAUGUUGCCGACUAUAAGUCUAAAGGCAAGUUUGAUGGCAAGGGUCCCGCUAAAGUUGCCCGGAAAAAGGUGGAAGAAGAAGAUGAAGAGGAGGAGGAGGAAGAGGAGGAGGAAGAAGAAGAGGAGGAGGAGGAGGAGGAUGAAUAAAAAAACUGUUUAUCUGUCUCCUUGUGAAUACCUUAGUGUAGGGGAGCGCCGUAAUUGACACAGCUCUGAUUUGAGAGGUGUCUGUUGCCCUCAUUAGGAUUAAUUACACAAUUGGGUCAUGAUCAUAUGUAGUCUCUCAAAGUGCUCUAGAAAUUGUCAGUGGUUUACAUGAAGUGGCCAUGGGUGUCCAGAGCACCCAGAAACUGUAUCAAAGUUGUACAUAUUUCCAAACAUUUUUAAAAUGAAAAGGCUCUCGUGUUCUCCUCACUCUGUGCACUUUGCUGUUGGUGUGACAAGGCAUUUAAAGAUGUUUCUGGCAUUUUCUUUCUCUUUUUUUAAUCUGUAAGGUAGUGUUACCUAUUUGGUUAUUGGCUAGAAAUCCUGAGUUCUCAACUGUACAUAUCGAUAGUUUCUAAAAAGAACAAACAACCAAGACAAGCUCUUGAUGCUCUUUGCUUGGCGUUGAGGCUGUGAGGAAGAUGCCUUUUGGAGGGGCUGUAGCUCAGGGCAUGCACUGUGAGGCUGGACCUGUGGACACUGCAGUGGGCAUCCAUUUAGCUUCAGGUUGUCUUGUUUCUGUAUAUAGUGACAUAGCAUCCCGCCAUUCUUAGCUGUGGGAAAAGGUGGGUCAGGUGGCAUGAGAAGUAUUUGGAUCUUUUUUUUUUUUUUUUAGUUGUGUGGUAGUUUUAAACUUUGUUUUAAAACAAACUACAACUCUUCAUUGUCAACGAAGUGAAGAGUCACUGCAUCAAUGAAAGUUCAAGAACCUUCUGUACUAAACACGAUUUGCAACGUUUUGUUAAUUUUUGUAUGUUUAGAAUGCUGAAAUGUUUUUGAAGUUAAAUAAAAACAGUAUUACAUUAAAAAAAAAGAA